AAAGGGCAGCUGCAGAAAGCCUGCUCUGCACGGGCUUGGAGCUGGAGUGGCAGUGCCUGACUCCGCCCUGCCCACAGCGCCAGCCAGCCUUGGACAGAAAGACUCACAGACUGAUGACUGACUGAAGGCAACAGAAAUUUGGUCGGAAUGAUCACUGGCAGCAUGGAGGAGGAUCUGUGCUUGAGCGAAGCCUGACGCCAUCUCCAGUUUGGAGCAGGUGCUGUGGGCACCUCCAGGAAGAGCAUUUGCAGACAGCCUGCCCUGCGCUCAGCUGCUCAGCUCUGCGCACUUGCCCACCCUGAGCAGGGCCAGUCGUUUUUGCUGGUUCCUGGUAUUUCUUCCCUCUCCCUGAUCCAGACACCUCAGCUCAGAGCUCCAGGGCACUGAAUAGAUUGGCUGGCUGGCUGUCCACGGCCUUAACUUGCCCUCUUUCUUCCUUUCUUUUCUUUUCUUUCUUUCUUUCUUUCUUUCUUUUUCUUUUUUUUUUUUUUUUUGAGAGGCUCCUGAGUGAGUAGCUUAAGGUCCUCAGGGUCCCCUAAAGGCACUGGGAUGGAUGCUCCAACCACAGACGUGCCCCCAGAGGAUUUCCAGAGCCCUGGCACCAUGGGCUUUGGGGACGAGCUGACUCCAGAAGCUCUGAGUGUACCUAGUGGUUUUGAUGACUUGAUCACUUCUACCACCUCCCAGGUGCUUCAGGCCGCAUCCAAUGCUGGCCGCAAUGGCAUGCUGUCAAAGAUGGAUAAGUUGGCAGACCACAUGUCAAACACGGGGGACCUGGCUGACACAUCGGGUCCCCUAGAUUUGGAAAUUGUAUCCCAGGAUGAGCAGGUGCAAUUCUGGCUAGUGGUAGGGUACACCAUAGUGGUCUUUGCUGCCAUCAUAGGCAACUGGGUCUUAAACCACAUAAUUAUGAAGUAUAAGAGGGUACACACUGCCACCGGCCUCUUCGUUGUCAACAUUUCUGUGACCAACAUGAUGCUCGCUCUUCUCAGCUCUCCCUUCACUAUGGUGCGCUAUCUGUGUAAUUCCUUGGUGUUUGGAAAGAUGACAUGUCACCUCAGUCGCUUUGCCCAGUACUCAUGUGCCUAUGUAACUGUGAUGAGCAUGGCAGCUAUUUCUCUGGAUCGACACCGGGUGAUGCUAUAUCCUUUGAAGGCUCGGAUUACUCCCAUGCAAGGCAAUGUUUGCAUCAUCAUCAUCUGGAUUGUGAGCACUUGUGCUGCUUUGCCUCAUGCCGUUUACCAGAAGCUUUACCAAGUAGAAUUUGGCAACACAACAGAGGAAUCUGCCUGCCUCCCAAGUUUCCCAUAUACUUCUAAAUCCACAUGGAAAUACCUUGACCUGGGCACCUUUCUGCUGUUCUUUAUCUUGCCUUUGCUGGUUCUGGUGGCUGUCUAUGGUCAUGUGGCCAAAAAGCUGUGGAUCCAUGAUGCUGUCGAUGACAUCAAUAUCCACACUUACAUCUGCCAGCGUGGGAAGAAGAAGCAGACUCUAAAGAUGCUGAUGACAGUGGUGCUUCUGUAUACAAUCAGCUGGCUCCCCCUCAAUGUGUAUCUGGUGCUCCUGUCCAGUGAAUCCAUCUCAAGCCACAAUGGUCUCUACUUUUUCCUCCACUGGCUAGCAAUUAGUAGUUCCUGCUACAACCCCUACAUUUAUUGCUGGCUCAGUGAUAGUUUCCGUAUUGAAGUUCAGAAAGUCAUCAUGGAAAUCCAGAAGAUGUUACUAGAUAAAAUCAGCCGCCUUAGGGGAGAGCAUCGCCGACUGAGCUCUGUAUCUCAUAGCCAAACCCCUGGCAGUGUGGAUCCCAAUCCAGGAGUGCCCAAAUUCCCACGAUUCAGAGAUUUUGAUGAGCUGCCCAGUCCCCCUCCCUCCCCAACAGUGGAAAUCUCCUUUCUCCAUUCAGUGCCUAGAGUUUAAGCUGCCCAGACCGCGAUUGACUAUCAAAAUAUCUAAGCUUAUGGACAAUUUCAACUCAGCAGAAGAGAGGAGGAGGAGGAAGAAGAAGAAGAAAUGAUACCUCAUCCUGUCACUGCCAUUAUUCUGGAGAUAAUGUUUUAAGGGUCUUUGAGCAGCACCCACGGUUGCAUGUGUCAAGAUGAUACCAGGAUGAGAAUUGAACUUUGGUCCUCCUCAAUUUCCUCUCUUCUUUGUCUCUUCCUCAGUAUCCUUGGCCUCCCACUGGUCUCACCCCUUUCCUAGCCUUUGUCCAUUUCCUUUUCCUUGAUCCUGCUCCUCCUUUUACUCAUUCUCCUCUUUCACUUUCUUCUCUAUUUCCAUUUCUUUUUCACUAUAAUCUUUCUUAUUGUUUUUUAAAAAUGUAACAAUGACAAGUUAUCCAGUCUCUACUGUGAUAUCUCCUGGCUGCUAAGGUAUGGACAAGUGUCUAGGUCAGGAAAUGAGGGAGUGAGAGUUAGCUUCCAGCUACUCUGUUUUCACUUAGUAAAAAGAUGUGGUGGUUUUUUGGGGGCGGUUCAGAUGUUUCUAGUAAAUUAGCACACUUGCUAUAGUGUUCAAUUCCUUUUUAGAUAAAGGACAAAUUGGGGGAAAGACCUAAUUCAAGUUUAAAUAAUUUUUUCUCCAUUGUCUCUAUUAUGUGUCCUUUUCAUCCUUUAAUUUAAUCCUGUCAUAUUAUUAAUAACUCAAUUACAAAACAAUGAGCGUGUAUUACUAAAGUAUAUGAAUACAUAUUUGGAGUAGCUUUAGGCUGUAAACAUGAGUGAAUCUUCUAUUUAUGACCACUGUAAACUGCCAACCUAUCUGUGAUCUCCUUUUGGCUUCAGCUGUUUUGGGGAUUAGUAGUCUUUGUGAGUAGUGAGCUCUGCUUGUGUAUUUUUUCAACAUGCUAUGUAAAUACUUCUGAUUAUCUUAAGGACAGAUACAUGUAUUUCCUUUUCACUCACCAUUUGGUAGAAUAGAUAUUUCCCAGGAUAAUGCGCUGCCUGCUUAUGGUUCUGCCUCCACACAUGGAGAAGGCAAAGUUGAAUUUUGCUUGACUACCCCAAAUUUCUUAGAAUCCCUGUACCUAGCUCUGAUAGCCUUCUUCUCCUGUUUAGACAAGAGAAAUUUGGGUAAAGGGCUAUCAUUAUAAUUUAAAUGAGUAUUGUGCUGUUCUACUUUAACCUAAGUUCUAUCCUCCUGAAGAAAACACUUCCCCACCCCAAUCCCUGUUCUAUAUAAGGAAUCAAACUUCUUUCACCCCGGUUAGGCUUGGGAUCUGGAAUGUUCCAUGCUUGACAGAUAAUCCAGCUUCAAAGAUUGCUUCUGACUUGGCUGGAAAAUUUACAGACUCAGAACUUUGUACAACAGUUUUGGUGAUGUAUGGAUGUUUGACAAAUUGGACAUAGGAAUAGUUUCAACUUCAUGUCGGCCUUUGUUUAGUUUAGAAAAUUUCCAGCAGCAACUAAUCUGAAUUCAGUACCCAGCCAAGUCUGAGGGUGCUAACAUUGUAAGAAGUUUCUGGCUGAAGGGCUCAUUUGGUUGGAACAUGGUGCUAAUGAGCUCUAGAUCCUAGGCUCUAACCCAUGUGCAGCCAUUUAGCUCUGUGGGUUCGGGCAUGGUGCUAAAGAACUGUGGUCACAUGGUUUCUAAACCCCAUGUGUGUCCUUUUACAUAGACUGCACCACUCACCCUAACCAACCUUUUUCUUAACAACAAUUACUAGCCACCUGGAAAGCCCAGCAAAACUGUUGUGUAAAUAUUACUGCAAAAUUUGUUUUCACUUCUGGAGACAACAGUUCACAGUAUAAAACUUACUGGCUGUGUGUUAGCAGUGUCACAUUAUUAGAACAAAUAGAGUGCACCAGAAGUGACAGAACAGAGAAAUUGCUAGAUUUUCCCCUUUUACAAAUUC